AUGAUUCAAGAGCCUUAUUUCUCGUUACCUGUGGUUGUGGCACCGAUAGAGCAGGAAACUGCAGUGCCAACACCUGCUGUCAGUCUACCUGACGUUGCAGUGCAAGAAACUGCGGUGCCACCACCUGUUGUUGGUUCUCCUAACUUGGCAUUAAAUGGAAAUGAGGACCCUGUUCCUCAGGACCAAGUAGAACCCAUUGCCAUGGAUGAGGGGGAGCAACAACAGCCUCCUGUGCAAGAAAUACCAGUCGCAGUGGCCCCGAGAAGAUACCAGAGUAAUCCAGGCAUAGAGCACUGGAAAAUGGUAAAGAAAGCUUUGCGCUAUGUGAGGGGCACAACUGGCCUCAUGCUAACAUAUAGAAAAUCAGAAACUUUAGAAAUAGAAGGGUAUUCAGAUUCAGAUUUUGCAGGAGAUGCAGAUGAUAGAAAGUCCACAUCUGGAUACAUCUUCACUCUUGCAAAAGGAGCAAUAUCGUGGAAAAGCUCCAAACAGACAGUUACAGCAUCCUCCACGAUGUAUGCUGAAUUUGUGUACUCGAUUCGUACACUAGAUGUGAUCCUAGUCCAGAAACAGAGAAGAUUAGAACCUAACAACAAAUUGUCAGGUGACAUAUCUGAUACCAUCAGCAACUGUAGAGUCCUGGAAAAACUAGCUUUGGAUGGCAAUUCAUUCCAAGGAAGCAUUCCCGCUACAUUCAACAAAAUGGCAGGCCUCUCUUUCCUCAAUUUGACGAACAACAAACUGAACGGUAGCAUCCCUGGCAACCUAGCCAGCAUUACCAACUUGCAGGAGUUGCACCUUGCCCACAAUAACUUAUCAGGAACGAUUCCAGAAUCAUUAGGCAAUCAAACGUCUCUGCUCCGCCUUGAUCUAUCCUUCAACAAUUUGCAUGGGGAAGUACCAAAAGAAGGGCUUUUCACAAAUCUAACAGGACUAUCAAUUGUUGGGAACAAUGCAUUAUGCGGCGGAGUACCACAGCUCCAUCUGCCAGAAUGCCUAAGCUCUAGUGCAAGAAAGAAUAAGAAAGGCAUGUCGAAGUCUCUUAGAAUAGCAAUCCCAACAGCAGGAGCUCUCCUGCUAUCAAUUUUUGUUGUUUGGGCUGGAUUUCUUUACAGAAAGUUGAAGACAGCAUCAAAAAAAGAAAUACCACCACAAUUCACAGAGCCCGAGCUUCCAAUAGUUCCGUACAAUGACAUAUUGAAAGGAACAGAUGGAUUUUCAGAAGCAAAUGUGCUUGGAAAAGGAAAAUAUGGUAAAGUAUAUAAAGGGACUCUAGAAAAUCAAGCCACUGCCGUAGCUGUUAAGGUGUUCAAUCUCCAGGUAUCAGGAUCAUAUAAAAGCUUCCAGGCUGAAUGUGAGGCACUGAGAAGAGUGAGGCACCGCUGCCUUGUAAAGAUCGUUACAUGCUAUUCAAGCAUCGACCACCAGGCUCAUGACUUCAGAGCAAUAGUCUUUGAGUUCAUGACUAACGGCAGCUUAGACAGAUGGAUCCACUCAAAUUUUGAUAGCCAAAAUGGGCAAGGAGCACUCAGCUUGUCACAGAGGUUAGAUAUCGCAGUGGACAUCGUGGAUGCUUUGGACUAUCUUCACAAUGGUUGCCAGCCACCAGUCAUCCAUUGCGAUCUAAAGCCAAGUAACAUUCUUCUUAAUCAGGACAUGAGAGCUCGUGUUGGGGAUUUUGGCAUUGCUAGAGUUCUAGAUGAAGCAACAAGCAACCAACAUUUGAAUUCCAACAGUUCCAUAGGAAUAAGAGGAUCCAUUGGGUACAUUGCUCCAGGUAACUUUUGCUCGUCCCCAUGUUCUUCACAUUAUAUCACCUAA